CUCCCCGCAUCUCCAUUUCCAUCCAAAGGUCGAAGCCAGAUAUACUGCAAGCGGAGAGAGAGAGAGAGAGAGAGAAUGGUCGCCUGCGCUGUCUUCUCAACCUGGAGCACCACCUCUCCUCUUCCCCACUGCUCUUCCCGGACCCCCACCCGCCGACCCCCUCUCUCAAUCACCAUCCGCAGCUCCACCUCCGACCACCCCACCACCCUCACCACCACCGCGCCGCCAGCUGACCUCCCCCUGCGCAAAAUCCCCGGCGAUUACGGCCUACCCUUCAUUGGCUCCAUCAGAGACCGUUUUGCCUACUUCUACACAGAAGGAUGCGAUGCCUUCUUCCGCUCCCGCAUCAGACGCUACAACUCCACCGUCUUCCGCAUCAACAUGCCGCCCGGCCCCCUGCUCUCCGCCGACCCCCGCGUAAUCGCCCUCCUCGACGCGCUCUCUUUCCCAACCCUCUUCGACACCUCCGCUGUCGAGAAGCGCGAUCUCUUCACAGGCACCUUCAUGCCCUCCACCGACUUCACCGGCGGCUUCCGCGUCCUCUCCUACCUCGAUCCCUCCGAACCCCUCCACGCCCCGCUCAAGAAACUCCUCUUCUUCCUCCUAUCACAUCGCCGCCGAACCCUAAUCCCUGAGUUCCGCCGUACGUUUGGAUCUUUCUUCUCUUCUCUUGAAUCCGAAUUAUCUAAGAACGGGAAAGCAGAUUUCGGUCCAGGAAACGAUCGCGCUUGCUUCGAUUUCCUCUCCCGCGCGCUGCUAGGACGCGAUCCAGUGGAUUCAGCGCUCGGAUCAGAUGCCCCGGGGAUUAUCACGAAAUGGGUUUUGUUCCAGCUUGGCCCAUUGCUUACCAUCGGGUUACCGGGGAUUAUCGAGGAGGCUACUCUCCACUCCUUCCGCCUACCGCCGGCGCUUGUUCGAUCCGAUUACACCCGACUAGUCGAUUUCUUCCGCGAAUCCGCCGGUCCAGUGCUCGACGAGGCCGAUCGGCUAGGGAUCUCCCGCGAGGAAGCCGUGCACAAUCUCGUCUUCUCUGUCUGCUUCAAUUCUUUCGGCGGUAUGAAGAUCCUCUUCCCCAAUAUCGUCAAAUGGCUCGGCCGCGCCGGCGGGGCCGUCCGAUCCAAUGCCGGCGAAAUCGGGAUGCGGGUGAUCGAGGAAGAAAUGCCGCUGGUAAAAUCCGUCGUCUACGAAGCUCUCCGCAUCGAUCCACCCGUGCCAAUGCAGUACGGGAAGGCGAAACGCGAUCUACUGAUCCGGAGCCAUGAUGCCACGUUUGAGGUGAAGACAGGGGAGGUUCUGUUCGGUUACCAACCGUUUGCAACGAAGGAUCCUAGGGUUUUUGAUCGGGCGGAGGAGUUCGUCGGAGAUCGGUUCGUUGGAGGGGAAGGGGAGCGGUUGUUGAGGUAUGUGGUGUGGUCGAACGGGCCAGAGACGGAGGGGCCGACGGUGGAGAACAAGCAGUGUGCCGGGAAGGAUUUCGUCGUGUUGGUGGCGAGAUUGCUCGUCAUUGAGCUGUUUUUAAGGUAUGAUUCGUUUGAGAUUGAGGUGAGUUCGUCGGCGUUGGGAUCGGCGGUGAAGCUGACUUCGUUGAAGAAGCGAGCUUUUGAGGGAUCGGAGGGAAGGUGAAGGCUGGAUUCUUGUUGUUGGUUUGGUUUGGUUUGGUUUGGUUUGGUUUUGUUUUAUUUAAAAUUUUUAAAAUAGUUUUGGAAAUAAUGGGUCGGUUUCUCGUGUUAGAAAAUAUUUUUCGUUCGGAGUGGAGUACUAAUGUAGAGUUAUGUUUGAAUUUUGAUUAAAAUUUAUUGUAUGUCUUUAUCUAAAAA